AAAGGAGACGAUAACCAGCGAAGCCUGAGGCCAUCUAGAGAUCUUGUUUAUGUGAUUAAAUCCUCGGCGAUAACUACGCGACUGGCUCCGUCUCACCCUUCCCUCUCACCCUGGCUCAUAGCUGGUCUCCCAUGAUAUCGACGGACUGGUGAGCCUCAAGGGCUAGCGGUACUUUACAUUAUACAAUUAAUACGUCGUUGCACAAAUCAAACACGAUGACCGUCUUUGCUCUCAUCAUCAUCAACAAGGCCGGCGGCUUAGUCUUCAACAAGAACUUCCAAGAUGGCCUCCAACAGAUCAGCACAAACGACUAUCUAGUUCUAGCCGGCACAUUCCACGGAGUCCACGCCAUCACGGCUCGCCUCAACCCCGUCAAGAACCUGCCAGGCUCGAUACCCCCAGGCAACAGGCCAGAGCCGUCAUCAGGCCUGGAGGUGCUAGAGACGGAAAACUUUCGCAUGCAGUGCUUUAACACCAUCACUGGCACCAAGUUCCUGCUCUUCACCGACACCACCCAGGCCAACGUCGAUGUCACCAUCCGCAGGAUCUAUGACCUCUACUCAGACUACGUCAUGAAGAACCCCUUUUAUUCACUCGAGAUGCCUAUACGCUGCGACAUCUUUGACCGGAAACUGUUGUCCUAUAUCAGGGAGAUCAAUAAUCGAUAGACAUGGGAAUAGCAAGACAGAUUCACCGAGUAGCAGAGGAUAAUGUGUGGUUAUGGCUUU